UGGGCUUCCCAGUGAAAUCGAGAAACUCUAGGGUUAGGGUUUAGUUUAUGAGGUUGCACUUCUCUUGCGUUUUACAAUUUACAUCACAUUUGGUUCCGCCUCUGCUCUCUGUCACCGCCGUGCAUCUUGUAACCAUGCCUAAGCAAAUCCACGAGAUUAAGGAUUUCCUUCUCACUGCCAGAAGGAAGGAUGCGAGGUCGGUGAAGAUUAAGAGGAGCAGAGAUGUGGUUAAGUUCAAGGUGCGAUGCUCCAAGUACCUCUACACACUUUGUGUGUUUGACCCUGAGAAAGCUGAUAAAUUGAAGCAAUCACUUCCUCCAGGUUUGAGUGUUCAAGACCUGUGAAGACACUGAGUGAGAAGCCAAGGAGAAGCAUUUCUUUGGUUCUUAUGAAGUUUGUUUGACUGUAGUUCAAGCUUGAGAUUUUUUGUGAGUUGGUCUUUUAUAUUUAGAUCAUUGCUAGGACAUGGUUGUUUUUAUCUGUUCUCGAGUAUUUUUGUUUAAUGGAAUAUUUUAGCGCCGCGGAACUAUCUAUAUAUAUGAAUUUAUUGUCUGUUUUUUACAGCAUGUUUUAAGU